AGAGUGCGAGAAUUUCCAGAUAUCGGUGCGGGUCUGACGGCCAAAAUAAAGAGCCGAAUCAUAAACGCCAUCAAGGUCACUUCGGACAAUAGUACCGUAACUUAUACCCAACGAACUUUGCGCUCCCAACACUCUCUUUAACACGCGCACUGCGACAAUGGGAGCUCUCGAAAUCACGCUACUGCAUCUCAAGCCUGGCACCGAAGCUGCUCAGGAUUCGCUGCUUGAGAACUUGAGAAGCGUUCGCGCGCAGCUCAACACGAACUCAAGGUUCUACCUCGACCGUGGGAGACCUACAAGUAUAUUCAUUUUUGGCCUUUGGCCUACGAUGGAAGCUCACAAAGCCUUUCUCGCAUCUCCGGAGUGUGGGCGGAUUCUAGGGCCCCAGGAAGCUCAGACUGAGUUUGCAUGGGGUCUACACGUCGCAGAUGUGAGCACAAUGGACGAUCUGCCGCUCGACUCGAAAAUCAUGUAUCUGCAUCUUCUCGAAGUGCAAGAAGCCGAAGAAGUCGCGUUGGAUGGUGCGCUGAGUCACGUACUUCAUAAGUUUGAGAGGAUGGUUGGUGAUGCCGGCAAUCCCGUUGUAUGUAAGAAUGCCUUAGACGCUGCUCCUGGCAACGUGGGAAGAUGUGUAAUUCAUGGUAACGAGGAAUUGCUUGAGAUGCUCGCGGAUGUCGGACGCAUGUGCUCUGAUACGGCGUACUCCGUGUGGCAGUUAGAGGACUUGGAGAAGAUAUGACGAACAACGACUUACGCUCGCGGCAAUGACUGACCGAUGCAGAAGUCUGAUGCUAUUUAGCUGAAGAAAACAAUAGAUCAAUAAUUACCAUGCCGCUUUUUGACG